AUGGAACAGGUGCCGAUAGUAGGAGCUGCACCAGAACCCGUCACCAUGGCUGGAGUACAAGCCAUGAUUCAGGCAAUGAUGGUUAAACAAAGGGAGGAAAUGAGGCAACUAUUGUUGAACAACAGGAGUGAACCUUCAAUGCCUGUUGAACAACCUGAAUUAAAUGACGAGCAGUCAGAAGAAGGAAAUUACAGUCGUACUGUCAGUCAAGCGGAACCUACAGUGGCAGAAAGGAAUAACCCGAAAAGGGAAAUCAACAGAGAUGGGCGUAUGUACAAGAAUUUCUUGGGCGCCAAACUGCCAAGUCUUGCCGGAAGCCCAAAACCAGUUGAGAUCAUGGAUUGGAUCUCCGAAAAGGAAAUGGGAUUUGAAAGCUGCAACUGUAGUGACAAGCAGAAAACUGUUUUUGCGGUCAGACAACUGAAGACUGGAGUUUUAAGAUGGUGGAAGUUAUUGGUAGACACAAUGCCACAUGGAGAAGCCCUGAAAAUAUCUUGGGAAAUGUUCUUGGAGCAGUUAAAGAUACAAUACUGCUCGGAGAUAGAUAUGAUAGAUCGAAACAAUGAAUUUCAGAACUUAAAGAAAGGGAAAAUGAGCAUAGACGACCAUGCUGCUGCAUUUACCAAAAAGAUGAAGUUAUUUCCAUACUUAGUGCCAACUGAACUCUCAAAAACUGGGAGGUUCGCAAACGGACUGCCAGCCAAAUUUGGCCCAACGGUCAAGAUGGCAACUACUCUGAAGACAACAGUUCGAGCAGCUAAAAAUGUGGAAACCCAGUUAAAAGAAAGGAAUCAGGAUAGGGCAGAGGUUGGUGAGAAAAGAAAGUUCGAUGGAUCGUCGAGGUCUAAUAAGAAAAGUAAGUUCUCGAAGUCUGAUUCGAGAGGAAGAAGAGGCAAAGCAGAAUGGUGUGAUAAGUGUAAGAAGAAACAUGCUGGGAAAUGUGGCGAGGAGGUCACUUGUUUUAAAUAUGGAAAGCUAGGGCACUAUGCCAGCAAGUACAAAACCAACAAAAAGGUGUGCUAUGGAUGCAUGAAGAAGGGCACAUUUUAA